AUGUACGCCGGAAAAGUGCACAUGGGUUCGGACGGCCGCGCGGGAGCCGGGCAGGCCUCUGGCGGCGUCUGCGUGCCGCCCGCGGACGGAUCAGCGUCCGCGCUCGUCCAGCACGCCGACAUGGAUCAGCUGUGCCGCCACAACCCGCCGUACGGCUUUCGCGCGCUCUGCAAGGAGAGGUCUGCGGUGGCGAUGCUCCGAGGCCUCUCCAACCCGAGGGUCUGCAGGUACAAGACCUGCGCAGUCGUCGGCUCCGGCGGCUCGCUGCUGGGUGCGCGCCUGGGCGCUUCGAUCGACGCCGCCGACGCGGUGAUCCGAGUAAACCUCGCGCCCGACGCCAGGGAGGCGGCACGCGCCCGCUCGGCGCCGCAUCGCGACCUCGCGACCUGGGUCUCGGACGUGGGCAGCCGGACGACGUGGCGGGUGCUCGCCAUGGAGGGGUACGGCUACCUGAACCACUACGGCCGCUUCUGGCUCAAGCCGCCGCUCGGCCACGGCAAGCACGAUAACAUGAGCGGCAUCCCGCAGGAGCCGCUCCUCGCCAUCGUCUGCCAUGAGCCGACGGCCGGCACGGGCCGCUGCCGCGCCGAGCGGCUCCGGCAGACCUUCGCGCACAGGUGGGCCGCCUCGUACCUAGUCAACCCGCUGCUGCUGAGGGAGUGGAGCCGCCGCCUCUUUGCCGGCGUGCGCCACCAGCGCGUCCCCUCGACCGGCAUGAACGCGGUUGCGUUUGCGUCGCAGCUCUGCGGCUCGGUGCACCUGUACGGCUUUGGCAACGGCUCGUGCCCCGCCGCCUGCUACCACUACUACGACUGCGGCGAGGCGCGGCCCGGCGGUGGGGUGGCGCAGUCGUACAUGUUUGGUGGCGACCCCGGCGCGACGGGAGGCUAUCACAACUUCUCGGCGCAGGCGGCCGUCCUUCGCCGGCUCGCGGAGAGCGGAGCAGUGCACGCGCACUGGGGCACCUGUGGCCACUCCUCCGGCGAUCCGCCCGACCCGGCCCUCCUCAACCGGAGAGGAGGAGGCAGCAGAGGCGCCGCAGCGCUUCGGACGCAUCGAAGGCGCGGCAGCAGUCGGACCAAGGGGCAGAUCGAUAACGUAUAA